CCCAAUAUAUAAUCCUACCCAUCAUUUUUCUUCUCCUUCUUUUCUGCUCCUCCAUCCUUCCACGCAUUACAUCCACCUCCCUAUUAUCUCACGCCUUUAUCCACACGCAUCACACUCUCACCACUAUGGCCAUUAAAGUCGGUAUCAACGGUUUCGGACGCAUCGGUCGUCUCGUUCUUCGUGCUGCUCUCCUCAACAAGAACAUUGAGGUCGUCGCCGUCAACGAUCCCUUCAUCAACCUGGAGUACAUGGUCUACAUGUUCAAGUACGACUCGACCCACGGUCGCUUCAAGGGCCACAUUGAAGCCAAGGAUGGUCACUUAGUCGUCGAUGGCCACAAGAUUGCCGUCUAUGACAAGAAAAACCCUGAAGAGAUCCCAUGGGGUUCGCAGGGCGCUGUCUACAUUAUCGAAUCGACCGGUGUCUUCACGACUGUCGAUAAGGCCUCUGCUCACUUGAAGGGCGGUGCAAAGAAGGUCAUUAUCUCUGCUCCUUCAGCUGAUGCUCCCAUGUUCGUCUGCGGAGUCAACCUGGAUGCCUAUAAAAGUGAAUACAACAUCGUCUCCAACGCUUCGUGCACGACCAACUGUUUGGCCCCUCUCGCCAAGGUCAUCAACGACAACUUUGGCAUCACUGAGGCCUUGAUGACGACCGUCCACGCCACGACUGCGACCCAGAAGACCGUCGAUGGUCCCUCGAACAAGGACUGGCGCGGUGGACGUAGCGCCAGCGCUAACAUCAUUCCUUCGUCAACUGGUGCCGCCAAGGCUGUCGGCAAGGUCAUCCCUGAGUUGAAUGGCAAGUUGACCGGUAUGGCUUUCCGUGUCCCGACCCCUGAUGUCUCUGUCGUCGAUUUGACAGCCCGCUUAACCAAGCCUGCCUCAUACGACCAGAUCAAGGCUGCAAUCAAGAAGGCUUGCGAGGGCCCGUUGAAGGGCAUUAUGGACUACACUGAGGACGAGGUUGUGUCGAGUGACUUUAUCGGCGAUACGCACUCGUCAAUCUUUGAUGCCAAAGCUGGCAUUGCGCUGUCUGACACCUUUGUCAAGCUGGUUGCUUGGUACGAUAACGAGUACGGCUACAGCACCCGCUGCGUCGAGCUGAUCGAGUACAUGGCCUCCAAGGACAAGUUCUAAACAAAUCAUCCGGUCAUCUUCGUGCCAUCGACCGAGAACUCCGUUAUUCAUACGAUACUCUCUCGUUGUAAAUAUUGUACACGUUCCUACUGCUUCAGCCAAAUUGAGAAGGAAUCGACCAUGGAUAAUAGGGUCUUCCUUCAGUCUCUAGCCCAAAUAAACCCAUCAUGGAGUCGAUUGUUUAAA